GGCGUACCCGGCACCCGAACUCGCACGAAGCGUUUCCUUCGGAGUAGCGCAAAUCGGCGCAGAACGUCGUUGGCUCUCGUUGAGUGCAAACGCGCGCUUGUUAAUUGUAGGAUAAAAGUAAUUUCGAAGAGAGAAAAACUAACAAGGAGAAAAAUGGCAGAGGACAAGAACGAGACAAGCCCGAACGCCGAGGGUGAAAAGCCGCCACAGGAAGCAGCACCGCCCGCUAAACAGGAAAAAGAGGAGCCCAAGGAAACGAAAGAGGAGGAGAAAAAAGUCGAGGAGAAUGGCGAGGGUGAAAAGGCGAGAGAGAAUGGUGAGGAAAAGCCAACGCCAGAGCCAAAGGAUAUGCGAGCAAUCGUGCUCAACGGUUUCGGCGGACUCAAAAGUGUUAAAGCUCUGAGAAAGCCAGAACCCACCCUUGGCGAAGGAGAAGUUCUUAUACGCGUCAAAGCAUGUGGUCUGAACUUCCAAGAUUUAAUGGCACGGCAAGGUGCAAUCGAUUCGCCCCCAAAGACACCCUUCAUUAUGGGCUCAGAGUGUGCCGGAGAUAUCGAACAAGUUGGCGAGGGAGUUGAGAAUUUUAAAGUUGGUGACAGAGUAGUUGCUCUACCUGAUCAUAAAGCAUGGGCCGAAUUAGUAGCUGUCCCUGCUACGUCUGUUUUUGCAUUGCCACCAGGCAUGAGUUAUUUGGAUGCUGCUGCCGUUACUAUGAAUUACACCGUAGCUUACAUCCUGCUCUUUGAAUUGGCCAAUCUCGCUCCUGGAAAGUCACUUUUGUUGCACAGUGCUGGUGGUGGCGUAGGUCAAGCCGUAAUCCAACUCGCUAAGACCGUAAAAGAUGUGACUAUUUUUGGUGUCUGUAGCAAGUCAAAACACGAAGCUCUUAAAUCCUCUGGUACUAUAGAUCAUUUGUUAGAACGAGGAACGGAUUAUAGUAACGAAGUCAGAAAAAUCUCAUCGGAAGGCGUAGAUAUAGUAUUGGAUUGUUUAUGCGGUGAAGAAUGUAACAAAGGAUAUGCUCUAUUGAAACCUAUGGGAAAAUACAUUCUUUAUGGUUCAAGUAACGUUGUAACAGGCGAAACAAAAAGCUUCUUUUCCGCGGCACGAUCGUGGUGGCAAGUAGACAAAGUUUCUCCCAUAAAGUUAUUCGACGAAAACAAAACGUUGUCAGGUUUAAAUCUUCGUCAUUUAAUGUAUCAACAUGGUGGUCAUGCGUAUGUACGUCGAGCUGUUAAUCAAGUAUUCGCAUUGUGGAGCGAGGGUAAAAUAAAGCCAGUUAUGGAUUCAACAUGGGCUCUUGAGGAUGUGCCUGAGGCUAUGCAAAAGAUGCACGAUCGAAAGAAUAUUGGAAAAAUCGUAUUGGAUCCUAGUUUGGAACCCAAACCAAAACCAGCUACACCAGCGAAAGGAAAAGCAAAGGACAAAAAAGCUACCAAUCAAGAAGAGAAGAAAGCAUUUAGCGUGGAAUCCGAGGAAGGUGAAAAGAAAAAAGAGCCUGAACUGACAAACGGAACAUCCGAGGAUAAGUCUGACAGUGACUCGAAGGAAAAAGAAUCUAGCUGAAUUGUCAGCGCUAGGUAAUCGUAAUAAUAUAAAAAAAAAAACCCAACAAAAAAAAAAUUGUCAUCUAUAAGAAA